CACUUUUGUACAGUAAAAUGGAAUUUAUUGAGCUUAUAUUAAUAAACAAAUUGGACGGAGUGAUUCUAAAAUAUCCACAUCACGAAAAUGUAGAUGGAACCGUAUGCAUCACUGGCCAUCAUCUUAUUUUGAGUUCUAGAAAAGAAGGUGUACGAGAGUUAUGGCUUCUUCACAAAAACAUAGACAGCAUAGAGAAGAAGGAAAAUAAGCCAAACAGUGGAAUUCCACAGGGAGGAUCUCUGUUCCUUAAAUGCAAAGAUUUGAGAAUUUUUCAGCUUGACAUAGCUACCUCUACUGAACUGAAUUUUAUGGCUCAGACAUUAGAAAAUCUCUCCAGCUUACAGGACCCUACACUGUUCUAUCCAUUCUUUUAUAGGCACAUGCAUCCUAUUAUGGAAAAUGGAUUUACUUUAUACAGUGUUGAAGGAGAAUUUACAAAAGUACUAGCAACAGAGGAGUGGCGUAUCUCCCGUGUAAAUCAGAAUUACACAAUAUGUUCUGGUUAUGCUAAGUCAGUGGUAGUUCCGAAGACUGUUGACGAUGAAACGCUAGCCAAUGCUGCCUCAUUUAGACAGGGUGGACGUUUCCCGGUGCUCUCUUAUAGGCAUAAUAAUGGGGCGGUGCUGCUACGCGCUGGCCAGCCGCUUUAUGGUCCAAAGCACCGGCGCUGUCGGGCGGACGAGGCGAUCCUUAACGCUGUCGUCGGGGUCGGCAUGAAGGGUGUUAUCUAUGACCUGCGGAGUUCUGGACUUAUUUCACAAUACCAAAGUAAAGGAGGAGGUACAGAGAGCAAUGCCAAUUAUUCACAAUGGAAAAUCUACAACAGAUCAUUAGACGAUGUCGACAACCAACAACAGCUGCUUGAGAGUUUUUCUAAACUUAUUGAAGCUUGCAAUGAUCGCGAAAUAUCAAGCGACAAAUGGAUAUCAAAGCUAGAAUCGUGUGGCUGGCCUGAGAGCGUUAGAAAUUCCUUACACACUGCGUGCAUUAUCGCGCAACACAUACACCAGAAAGCGGAGCCUGUUUUAAUUCACGGCACGCGAGGCGAGGAUGCGACGUUGUUAGUUUGUUCAAUAGUGCAAAUUAUUCUAAAUCCCGACUGCAGGACUAUAAGAGGAUUUCAGGCCCUAAUCGAGCGUGAGUGGCUGCAAGCGGGUCACCCGUUCGGCACUCGCCACCGCUGCAGCGUUUACGGCACUUCGCAACCCCGCGCGGCACCCACUUUCCCCCUCUUCUUGGACUGCGUGCGGCAAUUCUUGGAACAGUUUCCCUGCAGUUUCGAAUACCGACAGUCUUUUCUUAUUACGUUAUUUGAACAUUCUUAUGCUAGUCAAUUUGGUACGUUCCUCUGCGACAGCGACCAAGAACGCGAAUCACGAGACGUAUACAAACAGACCACCAGCAUCUGGUCAUGGAUCAACCAGCCGGAUGAACUGACUACUUACAUCAAUCCGUUGUAUGAACCAACCCCCACUGUUAUUUGGCCUUCAGUCGCUCCUAUGAGCUUUGUUUUAUGGGAAGAGCUCUACCUACGCUGGCAGAUCGUGCAGCGAACAGAACAGCGUGAAGAACAAUACCGCGUCAUUAGACAGCGGGAGCAGCAACUUCGUGCGCAGGCCUUGCAACUUCGAAGAGAGUUAUUCGAUCUCGCUCAUCAGUAUUACGGCUCUGAAACGAAGGAAUUUGUAUGCGAUAAGUAACAUUACAUUAUUAUAGAUAAAACGUAUGUAAAGGCUACAAGGUACUAGCCCCGCUAUGUCAGGGUUAGAAAAACUAACUUGUCGGAAUUUAGUUUCAACACUAAUGUUCACUUGCACUAAACUUAAAUAUAUCUUAAACCAAUGCUUAGAUUGACAGACACUAUUAACACAAAGUAUUAAGAGAGUCUUUUGCAUUGCAAGCAUUGUAUUAAGGCGAGAUAUUUGAACGCGAGCCUAGAUUUUAGGAGGGGAAGUGUGGGGGUCACCUUUCGCGUCCCGCAAUCAGCGCGCUGAAAAUUAGUAUGUAUAAAAUAAGAACAGCUGCAGGUUCUUUAGCAGGUUCUCUGUAGUACUUAAAGAAAAAUUUUGAUAAUAGUAGAGCUCCGUGUGAAAGAGUUCGUCCAGGGUAGUACUGG